AUGGCGGUAUCAACAAAAGCGAUCGAGGUUUCCGAGCUUUUCAGCGUCAAAGGCCUCAUUGCAGUCAUUUCUGGCGGCGGUUCUGGUAUUGGUCGCAUGAUUACUCGCGCACUGGCAGUCAAUGGUGCUGAAAAGGUCUACAUCCUGGGCCGUCGUCUGGCUGUUCUGGAAGAAGCUGCGCAACCUUUUUCUGGGGUCGUUAUCCCAGUCGAAUGCGAUGUGACAUCCAAGGAAUCCCUCCAGACCGUCACUGACAGGAUCACAAAGGAGGCCGGAUACAUCAAUGUUCUCUGGUGCAACUCAGGAACCUCUGGCCCCGAGAGUCCGGAGUUGAAUAGCUCGUCCACCAUCGACGAAUUCAUCGAGUACAACUGGAGGCACUCAUUCGAGGACUACGCCGAAACAUUUCGAGUCAACACUGCCGGCUUCUGGUACACAUCUAUUGCGUUUCUUAAACUCCUUAGCCUGGGCAACGAAAAAAUCCCUGGUCUGCACAGCCAGAUCAUCUCGACUUGCAGUACCCUUGGUUUCGGGCGGUUCGCCGCAACAGGGCGAUUCGCCUAUGGUCAAAGCAAGGCGUCCCAGAUGCACAUGAUGAAGCAGCUGUCCACACAUCUGGUGCCUUACAAUAUUCGAGUCAAUAUGGUUGCUCCAGGCCUCUUCCCCACCGACAUGACUUCAUCGAUGACUUCCACCGGCUACGACGUUUCAAAGCUGAUCCCGGAGGGAAGAGCUGGCUUAGAAACAGACAUCGCCGGCGUGGUUCUUUUCCUAACAAGCAAGGCUGGCGCUUACAUGAAUGGCAAUGUCGUGGUCUGUGAUGGUGGACGCUUGUCUGUUGUCCCUUCCACAUACUAG